AUGCAAGUCUCUCCAACAUGCACUGAGGCGGAACUGAAGAAGGCAUAUAAGGUUGGAGCCUUAAAACACCAUCCAGAUAAGAAUGCACACAACCCAGAUGCAGCCGACAAAUUCAAAGAUCUCUCUCACGCCUACGAGAUACUUUCUGACCCCCAGAAGAGACAAAUCUAUGACCAAUAUGGAGAGGAGGGUCUCGAGGGAGGUGGCGGAGGAGGCGGCAUGAACGCCGAGGACCUCUUUUCUCAAUUCUUCGGUGGUGGUGGUGGUAUGUUUGGCGGUGGAAUGGGCCAGCGUGGGCCACCGAAAGCCCGCACCAUCCACCACGUUCACAAAGUAUCUCUAGAGGAUAUUUACCGGGGCAAAGUUUCGAAGUUGGCACUGCAGAAAUCGGUGAUUUGCUCCAAGUGCGAUGGCAGAGGCGGCAAAGAGGGUGCUGUCAAGAAGUGUACUGGCUGUGACGGGCACGGCAUGAAGACUAUGAUGCGCCAAAUGGGUCCCAUGAUACAGCGAUUCCAAACUGUCUGCCCGGAUUGUAACGGAGAGGGAGAAAUCAUUCGCGAGAAGGACAAGUGCAAGCAAUGCAAUGGCAAGAAGACCGUUGUAGAAAGGAAGGUUCUUCACGUUCACGUUGACAGAGGUGUUCAGAGCGGCCACAAGAUCGAGUUCCGGGGCGAAGGUGACCAAACACCAGGCGUUCAACCAGGAGAUGUUGUGUUUGAAAUUGAACAGAAGCCGCAUGCAAGAUUUCAACGCAAGGGCGACGACAUAUUUUACUCUGCAGAAAUCGAUCUCGUCACAGCUCUGGCUGGCGGAAACAUCUUCGUCGAGCAUCUGGACGAGAGAUGGCUCAGUGUUGAUAUUCUGCCCGGAGAAGUUAUAAGCCCAGGCUCCGUCAAAAUGGUACGCGGCCAGGGCAUGCCUUCACAUCGUCACCACGACUUCGGCAAUCUUUACAUCCAGUUCGACGUCAAAUUCCCCGAGAAGAAUUGGACCGCCAACCACGCUGAAUUCGAUGCCCUCAAGUCUAUUCUGCCGCCGACAGUCCAGCCGGUCUUGCCACCUGCGGAGACGAUGACAGAGGCAGUUGAUUUGGAGGACGUAGAUGCAGGCCAGCAAGCACGAGCUGCUGGCCAUGGCAUGAUGGAUGAUGAUGAUGAGGACGGACACCCUGCUGGUGCUGAAAGAGUCCAAUGUGCAUCUCAGUAA